AUGCCCCGGGAAUUCACCUUCCUGUGUCGUACACUUGAGCCAUCAAAGCCGGCCUUGACAUUUGACGUCUUCCGCACUUGCUCAAAGGUGGAUCUGGAGUUGCCAUUGAGGAAUGUUGUGUUUGAUAACAAGUUUGCGAAUUUUGCUUUUCUGGCAUGGAAAAUUAAUAGGGUUUACGGAAUGGAUAUAAUACAGCAGAACGACAACGAUAAUUUAACUGAACAUGCAUCUAAUAGUCCUCCAAGUUCACCUUACAUAAGCAAUUUAGUUGGAGUUCCACAGCUGAAUCCUCGAGUUGGUCCUGAAUACCAGGUGGAAGUUCCUUCACCAUUAAAACAAUCUGAACGACUUCAACUUCUAAGGAAUCCUGCUGAGUCAGAAGUUGGGCUUGACAACUCACUUUCCUAUGCAAUUGGUUUACCCAUCUCUGUCACAUGGAUACAUCAUGCAGAGGAGAGUAGAGGAAAUGAAGGGUGGGGAUACAUUGGAGACGAUGUAGAUGAACUCAAACCCAUAACAUUUCAAUCUGUGAUGACAGGAGACAGCAAUUCAGCUCAACUGAGUAAAAGCAAAAAUUUUGCAUUAGCCCCUGGCACAAUAAGUAACUCCUGGAGUGACUCUGAUGCAAAAACUUUUCUCCUUGGUUUGUACAUUUUUGGGAAGAAUUUUAUUCAGAUAAAAAGAUUCUUAGAGAACAAAGGGAUAGGGGAAAUACUGGCAUUUUACUAUGGAAAGUUUCACAAAUCUGAUGAAUAUCGUAGAUGGUCAGACUGCAGGAAGAUAAAAGGGAGAAAGUCUACAAUAGGAGAGAAACUUUUCACUGGUUGCAGGCAACAGGAACUAUUGUCCCGCUUGAUUCAUGUCUCAGGAGAAUAUAAAGAUACUCUGCUACAGGUUUCUAAGUCAUAUACGGAGGGCAGAACUUCUUUAGAAGAAUACAUUUCUUCUUUAAAGUCCACUGUUGGACUUGGUAUUCUUGUGGAAGCAGUUGGUAUUGGUAAGGAGAAGGAUGACCUUACAACUCUUGUUGUGGAACCUGGGAAGAACAAUAGGGUGUUUUCAGCAUCAACUUGCAAAGCUUGGUCUUCUCUUGGACCAAAUGAUAUAAUGAAAUUUUUAACAGGAUUUCGACUGAGCAAGGCUAAAAGUAAUGAUCUCUUCUGGGAAGCUGUUUGGCCUCGCUUACUGGCAAGAGGUUGGCACUCUGAGCAACCAAAAAAUAAUGGUUAUGUCAGCUCCAAAGGUUAUCUGGUUUUUCUUAUCCCCGGUGUUAAGACAUUUUCAAGGAGAAAACUUGUGAAAGGUGAUCAUUACUUUGAUUCUGUUAGUGCUGUCUUGAGCAAAGUGGUAGCUGAACCGAAUCUUCUUGAUCUUGAAGAAGCUAAAGUUGGUAGCUGCAAUGAUGAAGAGGCAGAAAGGGGACCAGAUGACGAUGAUCAUUCUGAUUAA